AUGGCGGCGUCACCCUCAAGCUCAAAACCCAAGGCCACGGAGGGGACCGUCGCCUUCAAACACCCAUCUCUCCCCAAACCGUGUGAAACUUGGUACAAAGUAGUCGGCGACCUGAAAUCGUCGGCUAGCGGACGCCCUCUGGUAACUCUCCAUGGCGGACCAGGCAUGGCGCAUAACUACCUACUCAACCUUUCAGGCCUUCAUACUAAAUACAACGUCCCCGUCGUCUUCUACGACCAGGUGGGAUCUGGCCUGUCGACACAUAUCCGCGAAAAGCGCCUCGACACUUCUUUCUGGACCCCGGCCUUGUUCAUCGCCGAACUCGACAAUCUCCUCGAGCACCUCGGGGUAUCCAAUGACUUCGACCUCCUCGGCCAGUCAUGGGGCGGCAUGCUGGGCUCCAUGUUCGCCAUCCGCGGACACCCCGGGCUUAAUCGCCUGGUCAUCUCGAACUCGCCCGCGAGUAUGCCAAUGUGGAUCGAGAGCUGCAACGCGUGGCGGCGCGAACUGCCGCGCGACAUCGACGACGCGCUGCAACGCCACGAGGACGACAAGUCCUACCAGGACCCCGAGUACAUCGCCGCGGUCGAGUACUUCUACAAGCGCCACCUGUGCCGUGUCGUCCCGUUCCCAAAGGACCUCACCGACACCAUCGCCUGGGUCGAGCAGGACGAUACCGUGUACUUGACCAUGAAUGGGCCGAGUGAGUUCACCGUCGUCGGCAGUCUCAAGACCUGGAGUGUGGUCGAUGAGCUGCACAAGAUCACCGUGCCCACUUUGGUGUUGAAUGCCGAGUUUGAUGAAGCCAGAGACAGCUGUGUGUAUCCUUACUUCUCCAAUAUCCCAAAAGUCAAAUGGUUCACCUUCCCAGGUGCAAGCCAUUGCACCAACCUGGAGAUUCCCGACAGGUAUCUCGAGGUGGUCUCGCAGUUCCUCCUUUCGAAAACCACAUGA